GCGGGCGGGCCUCCAGCGCUCCCCGGACGCCGGGACCCCGCGCGCCUUGCCCCCAGGCCCGCAAGGCCCGAGCCGAGCUUCGCCCCUGGGGCCGCGGAAGGGCCCGAGGGCCGCGACACGCUCCGGCUCCACAGAGGAGACAGGAGGAGCCAGGAACCUCCAAGGCAAAGCAGAUACUGCAAGGAGAUGUGGACCAGGCCUAAGAAGGAGGAAGCACUGAAUGGCUGACAUUUGACAACAUGCACCACCAGUGGCUUCUGUUGGCCACAUGCUUUUGGGUGAUUUUCAUGUUCAUGGUGGCCAGCAAGUUCAUCACACUGACCUUUAAGGACCCUGAUGCCUACAGCGCCAAGCAGGAGUUUCUGUUCCUGACCGCCGCGCCCGACGCGGGGAGGUCGCUGAGAGAGACGCACUUCCCUGAGGAGCUGAAGCUGACCGGGAAUAUGCUGCCGGGAGGGCGGCUCGUUCAACCCUUGGUCUAUAUGCAACGCCUGGAGCUCGUCAGAAACGUGUGCAGGGAGGACACCUUGAGGAACCUCUCACACACCGCCAUCUCCAAGUUUGUCCUCGACCGGAUAUUCGUCUGUGACAAGCACGAGAUUCUCUUCUGCCAGACGCCCAAAGUGGGCAACACCCAGUGGAAGAAAGUGCUGAUCGUGCUGAAUGAUGGCCUGUGGAUCACCAGAAGCUUUUCUUCACUCUCAUCCUGCCCGCAGAAGCAGUUGAAAUUCAAAGACCUAAACGUGGAUACUGGGAUGGCCCAUGGGGAACGCGGGCCCGGGCUUCGAGACGGGCAUCUGUCUUUAAAGGCAGCAUCCCCAACACGCCCUCUCCCUGUUUGCCUCCCAGGAGCCUUUCCUUCCAUCGAAGAGAUCCCUGAAAGUGUGGUGCACGACCACGAGAAGAACGGCCUCCCGCGUCUCUCUUCCUUCAGCGAUGCAGAAAUUCAGAAGCGCUUGAAGACAUACUUCAAGUUUUUUAUCGUAAGAGAUCCCUUCGAGAGACUGAUUUCUGCGUUUAAGGAUAAGUUUGUUCACAACCCCCGCUUUGAGCCUUGGUACAGGCACGAGAUUGCCCCUGGCAUCAUCAGGAAGUACAGGAGGAACCGAACGGAGACCAGGGGCAUCCAGUUUGAGGACUUUGUGCGCUACCUGGGUGAUCCGAACCAUAGGUGGCUGGACCUUCAGUUUGGGGACCACAUCAUCCACUGGGUGACAUACGUGGAACUGUGCGCACCCUGCGAGAUCAAGUACAGCGUCAUCGGUCACCACGAGACCCUGGAGGACGACGCCCCAUACAUCUUGAAAGAGGCUGGCAUAGACCACCUGGUGUCUUACCCCACCAUCCCCCCGGGCAUCACCGCGUAUAACAGAACCAAAGUCGAGCACUACUUUCUGGGUAUCAGCAAACGAGACAUCCGGCGCCUCUAUGCACGUUUUGAAGGGGACUUUAAACUCUUUGGGUAUCAGAAGCCAGAUUUUUUGCUAAACUAAUGUGUAGGACUGUGAGUUCAAGUAUCUUUGUUAGACCAGAGGCUAACCAGGUGGAGAUCUGGGCACAGAAAUGACACUUUGCUCUGUCACACUCCCCCGAACACUCCUCAGUUCCCGUGGACCUGGGUGUGCCUUGGCCAGUGAAGCUGGACCCUGACCAUUAUGGCCUAGUUUGGACAGAAGGUGCACGGCGGGCCCUGCCUCCCUCCUCCACCCCAGCCCCAGUGCCAUGGGGCCUUUGCUCUCCUCAGCGGGGAAAGAGACUAAACAUUUGCAGUCGAACAGACGGGAGGAAAAAUCAUACAGCCUCGAGUCACCUCCCUCGGUUGUCAGACACCUGCAGCUCCCGCAGACGGUGGGGCAGUCAUGCCUGUCCCCAGGGGAUUGUAGACAUGGGGCCCAGCGCUUUCAGGAGAGAUGGAAGAGCCAGUGGUCUGCACACAUCCCAGGGGCCGAGAUAGGGUCAAAUCUGAGUAAUUACACCUCUGGGUUUCAUCUUGGUGCCACUGUAGUCACAGAGGCAGACCCUUCUUUCCACGACUGUUCUGUUCCUGAGAAGUUCAGGGAUGACUCGAGGGCACUCUCUGGGAGUCCAUCUAUUCAGAAUACAUGCCUGUGUGCUGCUGGGCCACAUUUCCAGACCUCUGCCUGCCAAGUGAUGAUCUCAUUCAGCCCAAGAGAUCCAAUUUUGCAAAGUGAGGGGAGUGUACACAUUUCCCACCUGAGAAAGGGAACGUCUCUGGGGACCUUAAAGGGAGCCUGGGAAGAGGCAGAGCUGGCCGGGUGCUGGAGCUCGGGCUGCCCUGGGCUUGGGCACGUCCACCCUGGUGACUGUCUGCCUCUUGUCUCUGAUGGUCCCGUGUGGAUGGGCACGGGGAGGGGGGUCUCCACCUGCCUCUCCCAAGGCCAGGCCCUCCUGGGGGCCAACGGCAAACACGGGCAACAUGCCAGUAUUGCCCAGUCAGUGCAGCUUACACAUUUCAGUCUCCUUUCGUCUCAGCAAAAUGCGCACCACUGGACCCAUUUCUGAUGAUGCCGUCAUCCUGGACUGUAAGUUGGAUAAUCAAGUUCACCAGCAAUAAACUCCUGGGCCGAGGCAGCCGCAGUAACGCACCUUCCAGGCGCUGAGGAGCAGGCCACGGCUACCAUUUCAGGUGCCGUCCGACAGCGAGGUCCCUCGAGGUACGGGAGAGUUUCCCUGCGAAAAGUCCCAAGCGUCCAGGCUGCACAGGGCCCAGGGGCCCAGCUUUUCCUCCAGGCAGCCUCCACCGUCCCUUGCUCAGUGUGGCUUCCUGAGUUUGUAAAUGUGAAAGUAACAUGAAAUUAAAACAAAACACGUGCCAACCUGA